UGAUCUAUGGCAUUGAAGCUUUCAUUGUUAGGAAAGUUCGGUACCAAACCUCAGUACCACCUACGAUGCAACCGCCCCCUUCAAUAUUGUUUUACCCCGGAUAGCCAGGCCUGGAUCCGUACUCGCCUCAGCCCUACGCCCUUAUGACCGUGUAUGAGCUGUCUUAUCGAUUCCAGCCGUGUGUAAUUGAUCUACAGUUUCAGAUAAGACGGUAUCAGGCAACACCUUAACUAUAAAUAGCGUGGGCGCCCCCAAUGUUUCAGGGGCCCCGCGUUACGUCAUCCAGCCCCGCCUUUUAAAAGCCACGCAAUCCCCGAAGCAACCCUGGAUACCCCAACAACCAUAACAAUUGACUCUUCAUCAUCACUACUCUCUGUAUCUCUAUCACUCUUUAUUUUCACUGCCCAUACCUCAAUCAUCAUGCCUGACUUUGGACACAAGAUUCUCAACAAGCUGGGUCUUCACGACCACCACGACCACCACGACCAGCAGCAGCAGCAGCAGCCCCCGCCGCAGCAGUACUACCCGCCGCAGCAGCAAUACCCCGGCCAGCAGCAAUAUGACCAACAACAAUAUAGCCAGUAUAAUCAGCAACAAUACAACCAGCAGCAGUACCAAUACAAUCAGCAACAAUAUGGCCAGCAGCAAUACUAUCCUUCACCCGGCCAGCAGCAGCAGCAACAACCAAUGGGCUACCCAGGUCAAGGCCACGGCCACCCCCGCCCCAACCGCCACGUCCACCACGACGAGCGCUCCCUCACUUCUGAAAACGGGGGCACCUACCCGCGUCUCGCCCGUCUCUCCGAUGGCUCCCUCCUCUCCUCCUUCACCCGCUUCCCUGGAAACGGCGAACGCGCCCUCGUUGUCGCCCGCAGCACCGACGGCCACAACUUUAAAGACAUCGGUGAAGUCACCCGCGGCACGGGCGACACGGACAACCUGUUUCUACUAGAGGUGGCUCCCUCUGUCGUACUAGGGGCGUUCCGCAACCACGAUCACGAUGCCUCCGGUCGUGUUACCCAUUUUCGUAUCACGGUCUGCCGGUCCCACGAUGGCGGCCGCACCUGGCAGUUUGCCUCGCAGGCAGCCGAAAAGUCCGGCAGCGACGGGUUGGGUAUCUGGGAGCCGUUCAUGCGCAUUGGGAGCGGGGGAGAGGUGCAGCUCACCUACUCGCAGGAGAUGGCUCCGAACAACCAGUGCACAAUGCUGGUGACCUCGACCGACCAUGGCAGCACUUGGUCGUCGCCACCUCGGUGCCUGCAUGGGGAGAAUGACAACCGCCGUGACGGAAUGAACGGCAUCGCGCGGACCUUCGAUGCCGGCCUCGGAAAGAACGUGCUGGUCAUGGUGUUCGAGACCAACACCAAGGGGCCCAUGCAGAUUGAGGCCCUCAUCUCGGACGACGAUGGGGAGAACUGGGGCCGUCGACAUGUCGUGUAUUCACCCCACGAUGGGCACCGGCAUAACGCCGGCGCGCCGCAGAUCGCCUCCUUCGCGGAUGGAUCGCUGGCCGUCGUGUUCAUGACCGAUGAGGACCACGACCAGGUGGAUUGGGUCAAGAAUGCGUCCAUCAAGGCGGUGUUUGCGCCGCCCCCGAACAAUGGCCGGAUCCAUUGGGAUCAGACCUCGACAUCGAUCUGUGCUGAUUCGAGCCACUGGCCCGGCGUGUUUGCCCUGGAUGGACAUACGCUUCUGGCCACGUAUGAGUGCAAGGGGCCCAAGGCGAGGGCCAUCUCGCUGCAGUGAGACCUCCCCUGCUUAUUAUUUUUUGCUCCGGUGAAACAUCUUGGUUAUCAUGUUCGGAUGACCAUCAAUGGCUGGUCCAUCGUGUCAAUUUUUGUGUUGUAUGUGUGUGAAUAGGACAAAUGUGGUGCAUGAUUUCACAUAGUCAUCUUUAAAAAUAGGUUUCAUGAAUACCAUUGACGAUAGCAAGAGAUGAAGUCGGGACUACCGCUUCCAUGGACUGUUCAGAUUACAUCUCUGGUAGAGGCACUGAGCACCGUUCAGGCUCCGAGUUCAGAGUGAUUUUGACCUUGAAGAGAUCUACCUUACUAAAGUCCAGGUCAAACCUCUGGUGACCCGCUGACAGCUGACAAGGAUGACCUUGAGCAACCAUACUUUUCAUUAUGGUCACCCAUUACCUAUUGACAAGCUUGAUAUAGUGUAGGUCGUGAGAAAUGAAAUAACUUAGCCUCGUGUU